AAGCAAAAGCAACAGCAACAACAACAACUACAGGCAACGGAAAGAACUAUGCAAAGCCAGCUGCUGCUGCUGCUGUUGGUUCGCUUCAAAACCGGUCGACGACGCCGCAGUUGCAUUCAGUUAUUAACGAGCGCUACUCACAGCUACAGCAACGGCAGCAGCGGCAGCCACAGCAGCAGCAGCAACAGCCACAGCAGAAGUCACUUCACUCAACCAACACAGACACACACGCACACAUCGAGUGAGAGAGCGAGAGAGGAAGAGAGCCGAGAUAAGCAUACACACACACACACACGUACACACAUCGUCGUUUUGCCUUUUCACGAGUUUGAGUCGGAGAGCGCGGCACGCAAACAGAAUUCAGUUUGAGUUGAGACGUUGUCGUGGGCACGUCGCAGCAAAGAGAAGAGCGCAGUAACACAACUAUAACUACAACUACAACUACAGCUACAACCAUACAUAGCAAAGCAAAGCACAAAAGACGUAAAAAUAAUCAGACACUAUACAAACGCUUAGUGCCAAGUGACAGUGCAGAAAAAUAAAAGAUCCAAAUCAAAGUGCUAAACAAAAACUAAAAGCUAAGAAAGCAAAAGAAACACACAAAAUAAAAGCAGGGAAUAUGUCUUCAACUUCGGCCUCGCCCAUCAGCAACAUAACCGUGGACGACGAGCUUAACAUAAGCAGAGAACAAGAUUUUGCCGAGGAGGAUUUCAUUGUUAUCAAGGAGGAGCGCGAAAGCAGCUUGUCGCCAAUGUUGACGCCACCGCACACGCCCACCGAGGAGCCAAUGCCACGACGUGUCGCGCCAGAGGAGUCGGUGGCCACACAGUUGCACAUGCGACACAUGGCGCACUAUCAGCAACAGCAACAGCAGCAGCAACAACAGCAGCAACAUCAUCAGCAGCAUCGUCUGUGGCUGCAGAUGCAGCAGCAGCAACAACAACAACAACAGCAUCCACAUGGCCACUAUCCAGUCUAUGCUGGGGCCAAUGCCGAUCCUGUUGCAGUGCAUCAGCAGGCGCUGCUGAUGAAUCAAUGGAUACGCAAUGCUGCCAUCUACCAGCAGCAGCAGCAACAACAGGCAGCAGCUGCCGCAGCACAGGGACAUCACCAUCAUCAUGGGCAUCCCCAUCACCAUGGCCAUCAUCAUGGUCAUGCGGCACAUGGUCAUGCCCCAGCCCAUGGCCAUCCGCAUGUCCGCCCCUAUCCCGCUGGACUGCACAAUCUGCAUGCAGCCGCUCGCCACUUUGGUGUUCUACCCAAACUGCAGCUGAGCGGUGCAGCAGGAGCAGCAGCCGCUGCUGCGGCAGGCGGCAGCGGUGGCAGCAGUCGCCCCAAGAAGCAGUUCAUCUGCAAGUACUGUAAUCGCCAGUUCACAAAAUCGUACAAUCUGCUGAUCCAUGAGCGCACACACACCGAUGAGCGUCCCUAUUCCUGUGAUAUCUGCGGCAAGGCGUUCAGGCGUCAGGAUCAUUUGCGUGACCAUCGCUACAUUCACUCCAAGGAGAAGCCCUUCAAGUGCAACGAUUGCGGCAAAGGCUUCUGCCAGUCGCGCACUCUGGCCGUGCACAAGGUGACCCAUCUGGAGGAGGGACCCCACAAGUGCAACAUCUGCCAUCGCAGCUUCAAUCAGCGUGCCAAUCUCAAGAGUCAUCUGCAGAGUCACAGCGAAUCGGCCACGAGCGCAGCAGCCGCAGCCCAGGCAGCGCCAACAUCGCCACCACAGACAACGCCAGCUCCUCAGUUGGUCAGUCCGGUGGAUCUGUCCUCGUCGGCUGCCCCGGAGCGUCCCAAGCGUGCGUUGGGCUUCACCAUUGAUGAGAUCAUGAGCAGAUAG